GCACAUCUAUUUUGCACACUUUUUGGUGCAUUUCCAAAGCAUGCACACGAAUGCACGCAGUGACACGCUGUAUAAAAACGCGCGCACAUUGGCUGCGAGAUUUUCUCCCCUCCACCCACCCCCUUCCAAAGGAAGUCAGGUCAUCUCUUCGGCUGCUCCCCUCUCAAAGUGUCCACUUGAUCCGUGACUGGCUGCAGAGAGAAGGGAGAACGCCACAGCAAGAGAGCGAGAGAGAGGGACAGCGCCAUGCUGAGGAACUCCGCGCAUAGAGGCAUGCAUCCGGGGGAGGAGGCGAGGAUGCGCGUCGGGAGUAGUGUGGCACGGGAGAGGAGACACCUUGCCCUGCGCAUCAACAACCAGGAAGACGUGAAGAGGUAUCAUCGCUACUGCAAUCACAGUGGAGGGCAAACAGUUCCCAAGGUGGAGAGCCACCCCCAGAAGAGUGAGGUGGAGGCAGACAACAGGCCUCAUUGCCGCGGGCAACAGCAGCAGCAACUGGAAAUCAAGGCCAUUGUUAUCCAGCGUGCCUGGCGUGCCAGCGUGUCGCGUCGUGGGAGCUGUCAGGAACAUGAAAAGAAUGGAAGCAGCCCGAGUCCCGAUGACACCGUUACGACCACCGACCUUUUCCCGGAGCAGCUCAAGAGCCCCCAGAGUGGCUUCAGGCACACUAAUGGGGGAGGCUUCCAGCUGCAGACUAAGGACCUGCUGGUGGACCAGGAUGACAACAUCAACAUGAACAUGCCGCCGUUUGAGACCAAAGUGUUGAUUAUCCAGCGCGCUUGGCGUGACUUUCUCCAAAGACAGGAAGCAGACAAGAGGAGCCCCUCCCCGUCUUCUCUCUCUUCGUCGGAUAAGAUGAGCAUGUCCAUCAGCAUGGCCACCCUCUCAGACGGCAGCACCCCAGAUUACCGGGAGGAUGGUAUGGACCUGGGGAGCGACGCGUCCAGUCGCUCGAGCUCAGAGUCCAACUCCAACAAAGUUACUCCCUGCUCCCCUUCUCCUGACCUGGCCACGCUGGAUGACUACAAAUCGUCCCCUUCUCUGGACCUUGUCACCCUUGAGGACUAUGAGGAGGACGAGGACUACCAAGAGUACAAGAAGAAGGUGAUGGAGGAGUGGGAGAGCGAGUACGGAGACAACUGCACUUCUCCGCAGGCUCCGGGUCAGGAGGAAAGCGGAGGUGGCAUUGUGAGGCCCGACGAGAUCGGCGAGGUUUACAGGAAGAGCAGCCGCAGCCUCCCUGAAGAAUUGCAGGAUAUAAAGACUGUUCCGCCCCUCCUGGCCCCCAGCAGAUGCACCGCCGCCACUGUCGCCGCCCCUGAUGAACUUAAACAAAACGGGAAUCUCAUUUUGCCCCGCAACAACCUGCCCCACUCUCCUGGUACACCACAGGGGGGACUCACAGGGACACCCAAGCCCAGGCAACACAGGUUCAGUCAAGGCAGGGGAAGCCGCAGCACUGGCGGGGGCAGUGGAGGUGGAGCAGGAGGAGGCGGUGUUGGGACUGUGGGACGUAAGGGGGGUUACGGAGAAGAGGAUAGUGUAGAAGAAGAGACUCUGCCCACCAUGGACUGGGCAGCCUUGGAGAGGCAUCUGGCAGGGCUUCAGUGCCGAGAGCAGGAGAACCAGAACCUCAAUUAUAACCAGAACCACAACGUAGGCAAGACCAGCUACACCUCAGCCCAAAAGAAUGAGAGAGAGUCUAUUAGGCAGAAGUUGGCCCUGGGCAGUUUCUUCGACGAUGGACCGGGCAUCUACACCAGCUGCAGCAAGAGCGGCAAGCCCAGCCUGUCAUCACGGCUGCAGAGCGGCAUGAACCUGCAGAUCUGUUUCGUUAACGACAGCGGCAGUGACAAGGACAGCGAUGCGGAUGACAGCAAGACAGAGACCAGUCUGGACACGCCUCUGUCCCCCAUGUCCAAGCAGAGUUCGUCCUACUCGGAACGGGACACCACGGAGGACGACUCCGAGUCCCUGGAGGACAUGGACUUCUUGAGUCGACAGAAGAAGCUCCAGGCGGAGGCCAAGCUGGCACUGGCCAUGGCCAAACCCAUGGCCAAGAUGCAGGUGGAGGUGGAGAAACAGAACCGUAAAAAAUCGCCCGUGGUUGAUCUGCUCCCGCACAUGCCUCACAUCAGUGAAUGUCUCAUGAAAAGAAGCCUGAAGCCCACCGACCUGAGGGACAUGACGCUGGGACAGCUCCAGGUUAUCGUCAACGAUCUGCACUCCCAGAUCGAGAGUCUGAACGAGGAGUUAGUACAGCUGCUGGUGGUUCGAGAUGAGCUCCACAUGGAACAAGAUGCCAUGCUGGUCGACAUCGAGGAUCUCACUAGGCAUGCUGAGAGCCAGCAGAAACAUUUGGCUGAGAAGACCCUAUCCAAAUAAGAUGCAGCCCCCCUCCUCCCCCCAUCCUGCUCCACCUUCACCCCCUGCCCUCCCACUGCCUAGACCAAAUGAAGCCCUUCGCCACACCAUCCCGCCUCCAUCUUGAUCCAAGUUUGCCCGCUUGUCUCCUUCACUGCUUACCCACCUUCUCCACCUGCUCUCCUGCCCAGACCCCCUCAAAUCUCCAGCACAAAAGACCGCCGCCAUCUUUCAUCCGCUUGCGUGGCUUAAUCUCGGGUUCCCCGGGAAGGAGCAGAGGAAAGGGAUUGAGUAUUGUCAUGGAUUCUGUCCCAGCUUCCUGUGCAGUGAUCGGCCUUGCUUCGCUCUCGUUUCCUUACAUUCGCCACUAAAUUAUUACUGUCAAAUGCAAAAAUUGUGGGAAAAAAGUCAAGUCAUAGUGAAAACUUUAGUAGAAAGUCUUUAAAACAAGAAACAACACUGUAUUUUAAAAAAAAAAAAAAAAAAAAAAAGAUGGGUAAUUAUCUUCGGCGCAUUUUAAGUUGGACUGUAAAGUAUUUCAACCUGUUUUUAUUCUGCACAAAUGGUAGUUUUCAACUGAGAAAUGUUUAUUUGAAGGUGCUAAGAGUGUAAAGGAAAACAUGCCUGCCUUGUAGUGGAGUCGUAGCUUUUGGUAAAUACAUUCACUCGAAUAGCACUUCAACAUUUUGUGAAUGUUGAUUUUUUCGGACACGAGUCAUUUUCCAAAAGAAUCGGUGUGUUAAUAUCGUUUUCAUUCUACUGUGUUCAGAAACUUUAUUUGAGGGAAGAAAAUGUAUAUGUACAGAUAUGUAAAAUAAAGAAUAAACUUUGUUUCAUAUACA